CGUUUAGCGCUCAUAACAAGCGGAUUCUCAGCGCUUUGCUCAUAAAACAGAAGACCUGCAGGCCUCUGUGAGUUAAACAUCCUGAUUGUACAAAAGGCCCCAUAGUUUUGAGUUCUCCUUUCUAUUCUGUUCAGUUGUUCACCUGUAGUUGCUUAGAGUGACCUGUAGAUGUCACCCCACCACUUUGGAUGGGAGAGGUUUUGAACAGGUGGAUACGUGGGUGAGAUCUAUAUGAGUGUGUUCGCUCCAGUUUACCAGCAGAGAAGUGGUCAUUUCGUGAGAAGUGUGCGUUACUGAGCAACAGACCACACACACACACACACACCUGUACCUAGACUUGUAUGUAACACCUGAUCCUCCAACAAGCCUGUUACCUUUGACUGUGUGGAGGCAAUACAAGCGUUCAAACCAUCCUGGGUGUCUUCAGUGUCUUCUUCCUGAAUCGCCAUCCAGGCCUAGAGUAGUGUUCUGGCCGACACUCCGGGGAGUGGCAGCUACAAACCGGAAUCAACACCUUACAGUCCCCCCCUUCCAGCAUUCACCAUGCCUGGCAAAGUGUCCAAACGCAAGGCGGAUGCUGCCAAGCGCAGCAAACGUCCACCUCCGCCCCUGCGUAUUGGGAUUCCAACGCCCAACAGUGACGACGUUCAUCUCUCUGGUACCGGCUGGCGCCAUAGAGUUCGUCGUUGGCCAACUAGUGCAGUGUCCAACAAAGCUCACAAGUUGGUCCUUCCGGGUGGGAUUCCUGACAAGAAAUUCGUCCUACUUGUUGGGGACUCCCACUUGAGGUCCGUGGCAGACGGCAUAGUCCCUAUGCCGGUUGGCGGCCUCGCUUUUGGAGUGAUGUCCACUCCAGGAGCUUGUGCAGAUCUUCUGCGCCUUGAGGUUUCACAGGCUGUGUUACCUCGGGAGCCUGAUGCUGUUUGCGUCAUGGCUCCUUCUAACAACCUUACGGCCAGCAGAACAGUUGAAGAGGCAGGGGAUGCUUUUGAGCGGUACCUUUUGGCUAUUCUCAGUCGCUGGCCUAAGGUUUUCUGUACCGCCAUGAUUCCCCGUUUAGUUGGAUCCUGGGAGCGUCAAGACCUGUUUCAGCAGGAGUACCACCGCAGAUCGGCUAAGCUACGUGUAAGUUACGUGCCGAUCCACGAUGACCUACCCAGGUACCGUCGCGAACUGUGGUGCCGUGAUGGUAUCCACCUCAGUGAUGACCACGGGAUGCCUAUACUCACGCAACUGAUGUGGCAUGCCUCCUAUCAGUUCUUGGAGACACCCGCACCAAAGCCACUGGUGCAGCACCAGGUGUCUCGUCCGCUGAAAGCGAGUAUUGUGCCCCGUGUGGUUGUGAAGGGUGUGGAACGCAUUCCACCUCCACCCCCUUCCGAAUGGACGUUCGUGAGACCUAGCGGGAAGAGGAACCAUUCAGGGGAAUUUGAAAAGGCUUCUAAUUCCCCCAAGAAACGAGUGGUUCUUUCUGAGACUGAUGACACUUCAGUGGCCUUGAAGGAGUGUUUCAUCCCCCUGAAUCCCGUUAGAUUCUCACCUACAAUUCUGGCUGCCAUGGACACGCUAGCUCCAUCGGCUCUUGGUGAUGUCCCCACAGACAUCCAGACUACGUCUGUGGGACAUCGCAAGAAGCCUGCUGUCUUGAAGCCCAGGCCAGUAAAGCAGCGGUUCUUGGAGACAUCCUCACCAAAGCCACUGGUGCAGCGCCAGGUGUCUCAUCCAGUUACGGCAAGUAAUGUGCCACGCGUUGUUGCGAAGGUUGUGGAAACCAUUACACCUCCACCCCCUUCCCAAUGGACACCCGUGAGACCUGAUGGGAUGAGGAACCAUUCAGGGGAGUCUGAACACGCUUCUGAUUCCCCCAAGAAAGUAGUGGUUCUUGGUGAAAUUGGCACUCCAGUGGCUGUGAAGGAGUGUUCCAUCCCACAGUUCUCACCUGACAAUGUGGUUGCCAUGGACACACUUGCUCCAUCGGCUGGUUCAGAUGGUCCCACAGACAUACAGGUAACUUCUACUACGUCUGUGCGACAUUUUAAGAAAGCAGCUAGGCGUGUCCAGCAGGAGGUUGCAUUCCCACCUUGCAUAAAUCCUCUUGCAGACGUGGAGUCUGUUCAUUUUAGGAAGGAGGAUGUAUUGCCCUUUAAUUUCUUUUAUAUAGGUGUUGGACUGUGA